GGGGGCGGCGCGGGGCAGGUCCCCACCUCCCGGAGGAAGUGCCGGACCGGACCGCUGCUGGGACACCGGGCCGCCACCACCCGUCCCCUGGCGAGGACAGGCCAUGGCCGAGCCGCCCCUCUACCCGGUGGCGGGGGCCGCGGGGCCGCAGGGCGAUGAGGACCGACUCGGGCUUCCCGACGGGUCCGGGGCCCCGCUGGACGAGCUGGUGGGCGCGUACCCCAACUACAACGAGGAGGAGGAGGAGCGCCGCUACUACCGCCGCAAGCGCCUCGGGGUGCUCAAGAACGUGCUGGCGGCCAGCGCGGGCGGCAUGCUCACCUACGCCGUCUACCUGGGUCUCCUGCAGAUGCAGCUGAUCCUGCACUAUGACGAGACCUACCGCGAGGUGAAGUAUGGCAACAUGGGGCUGCCCGACAUCGACAGCAAGAUGCUCAUCGGCAUCAACGUGACGCCCAUCGCGGCGCUCCUCUACACGCCGGUGCUCAUCAGGUUUUUUGGCACCAAGUGGAUGAUGUUCCUGGGCGUGGGCAUCUACGCCCUCUUUGUCUCCACCAACUACUGGGAACGCUACUACACACUUGUGCCCUCAGCCGUGGCCCUGGGCAUGGCCAUCGUGCCUCUUUGGGCCUCCAUGGGCAACUACAUCACCAGGAUGGCCCAGAAGUACUAUGAGUACUCCCACUACAAGGAGCGGGAUGAGCAGGGCCCGCAGCAGCGCCCACCGCGGGGCUCCCACGCGCCCUAUCUCCUGGUCUUCCAAACCAUCUUCUAUAGCUUCUUCCAUCUGAGCUUCGCCUGCGCCCAACUGCCCAUGAUCUACUUCCUGAAUCACUACCUGUACGACCUGAACCACACUCUGAACAAUGUGCACAGCUGCGGUACCAACAGCCAGGGCAUCCUCAGCGGCUUCAACAAGACGGUUCUCAAGACGCUGCCGCGGAGCCGAAACCUCAUUGUGGUGGAGAGCGUGCUCAUGGCAGUGGCCUUCGUGGCCAUGCUGCUGGUGCUGGGCUUGUGCGGGGCCGCGUACCGGCCCACGGAGGAGAUCGACCUGCGCAGUGUGGGCUGGGGCAACAUCUUCCAGCUGCCCUUCAAGCACGUGCGCGACUUCCGCUUGCGCCACCUCGUGCCCUUCUUCGUCUACAGCGGCUUCGAGGUGCUCUUUGCCUGCACGGGCCUCGCGCUGGGCUAUGGUGUGUGCUCCGUGGGUCUGGAACGCCUGGCCUACCUCCUUGUGGCUUAUGGCCUGGGCGCCUCAGCCUCUUCAGUCCUGGGCCUGCUGGGGCUGUGGCUGCCCCGCCAGGUGCCCCUGCUGUCUGGGGCCGGAUUGCACCUGCUGCUCACUCUCAGCCUCUUUUUCUGGGCCCCCAAACCUCGGGUCCUGCAACACAUCUGGAUCCUCUAUGUAGCAGCCGUCCUCUGGGGUGUGGGCAGUGGCCUCAACAAGACCGGACUCUCCACACUGCUGGGGAUCCUGUACGAGGACAAAGAGAGGCAAGACUUCAUCUUCACCAUCUACCACUGGUGGCAGGCAGUGGCCAUCUUCGUUGUGUACCUGGGCUCCAGCCUGCCCAUGAAGGCCAAGCUGGCGGUGCUGCUGCUGACGCUGGUGGUGGCCACGCUCUCCUACUUGUCGAUGGAGCAGAAGCUGCGGCGGGGCGUGGCCCCGCGCCAGCCCCGCAUCCCGCGGCCCCAGCACAAGGUGCGCGGCUACCGCUACCUGGAGGAGGACAAUUCCGACGAGAGCGACGCGGAGGGCGAGCGCGGCGGCGGCGGCGGCGGCGGCGGCGGCCGGGGGGACGGCGCGGAGGAGGAGCCGCUGCCCGCGGGGCCCGGCCCCGAGCCAGCCGGCGUCUGCCGCCGGCCCUGCCCCUACGAACAGGCGCAGGAAGGCGACGGGCCGGAGGAGCAGUGAGGGCGCCGCCGCCCCGGCCUGCGUUGACCGCGUUUUGGGUGGGGCCCCCCUGAUGCCUGCGCUACCUUCAGGAAGGACCUCCAGCCCCCUCCCCAGGUUGGAAAUACCCCUCCCAGAACCGGGGACCACUUGAGCCUGGGCUCGGCUCCUCAGCCCCCUCCUAGGUGGGGUGGGACCUGGAGAUCCCUCGGCCAGGCCUAGGGUUUGAGGGAGCACAGCCGACACCACCCCUCGCGGGGCCGCUCUCCAUGACCCACUCUCCAGGCCGGCCGCCCCCCAGCACGUGCCCCAGCCCCAGAGCAGGGCGAGGGUCCCCGCGCCGCCCCCCUUCUCCCCGGUCCUACCCCAGCUCUCAGCUGCAGGCCCGGGUGGAGCUUGUCAUGCGCUUUGCACAUCCUAUCCCUGCGGCCCACCAAGAGGUACGACUUUUUCUACAAAAUAAACAAUAAAGAGAU